CUUAACAAUACUACAUACUAAAUGAAAAUAGUCCGUGACAAUACCAAACAUUCACUUUACUUAUAAGUAAGGUUAUCAAAGUGGUAAGAUAGGUAUUCUGAAAAAAUUACAAUUUAUGAUCAGGAUUUUCUAUAUUAAAUUCAAAGUAUUAAUAGUUAAUGUGUAAUUUUUAUUAAUAUGUUAAGUAAUAAUGACAUCUGAAAAAAAAACAGUUCAAGGAAGAUUACAUACCGUAACAUUAAAUUUUGAUGCAGAAACUGCUCAUAAAGCCAAUGCCAUUUAUCACGCUAUUAGAGUAGAAAAAGAACCCAAUAACACUGUUCAAAAAUACUGUUGUGUUGAAGGAAGCUAUGUCAAAAUUAUAUUAGAAUCACCUCAACUAAAAGCUCUACGUUCUAGUUCAAAUGGUCUGCUGGAUAUUUUAAAACUUUUAUCUGAAGUAACAGACAAUUUUGAUUUAAAAUCACCUUCAAUUAAGUAUGAUCACUUCUGA